AUGCAUGCCUAUAGCUUUACCAAAUUCAUAUUUUUACGUGAAUUUGAAGCCGAUGAAAAUUUCGAUAUCUACAGCUGUGUACAAGACAAAAGGUUUUUUUUUGCAGUCUGGAAAUCGCUUGUUACCACCAGUGCUGCUGUUAGAGGACCAUAUGCAACCAUAGUCAAUGACCAUAGACAAUUAUAUUUCCAACAUACUCAGUAUCAGCCGUUCACAUUUACAUACAACCAACAAAUCGGGUUGUAUGAGUCCAACAAAAUUCAAACUAGCUACCUCAAUAAUAUACAACGGAAUUUCGAGUCACGUCUUCGUCACUUCGUGAACCGUCUUUUAAAUGUCACGGAAGACGCUGCUCUGCUGACAGAUGGUCUAGUCGAAUCAGGCGCAACGGAAGAAGAAAUCGAUGAGGCCGUUCGUCAACAAAUAACGAUGCCAGCUGCCCAAUUUAAACGAGCCAUCGUCCGGCAUCCAAGUGAACGAAAUGAUGCAUUGCUACGGAACGCAUAUCCUCAAGCCUUUGACCAGAUUGUAGCUAUUUUAGACUUGAUCCAACCUAUUCCUCUUCGAAAUUUUCAUCAAAACCAUUAUACGCACGUCAAGUACGAUCCCGCAAAAUAUAUCACAGCAUUUUACCAUUUGGCAAACGCUUUCCACACAAAUGGAUAUAGAGAAUUCAAUUGGUAUCCUCUCCGGACCUCGUGGGUGCCUUCGUUUGUGCAGAUUGACACCAAGAUUCUGCAUACGAAGAUACUCGCAAGAACUUACAGCGGAGGAAGAAGCGUUCUAUUCACCCCAGAAUUCAAGAUCCAAACUUGGGGUGAGGUUGUUGAUUUGCGUCGCCAAUGCUGGAAACCUCAGAACGGCAAUGGUGACGAAGUCCAUACAUUCGUGUUCCGUGGGACUGUGUACACAGAUGGUGUGAGCUUGGUCAUUGCUAAACAGAAUAAAAACACGUUGGCAAUGGGAGGUCGACAAGCUUAUCAGGCUCCAGUUCGAACGACUCAAUAUAUCGACGAACUGAAUGUCGACCAACAUCACGAGAUUGCUAAUCGUUGCGUUUUAAUUGAUGUUGGUCGACGCGACAUGCUGUACUGUGUACUGGAAUCAUCAACGACAGUUAAUGUCUCAGCAUAUCGUUAUACUUCCAACCAAAGAAGGAACGAAACAAAAAGGAGGCGGUAUGCGAAAAUCUUAUUAGAACGCAAAACGAACCAAGUAACGCAAGCCGAACUGGAACUUUCACACACAAACAGCAAAACCCUGAAUGUCGGUGACUUCACCACAUUCUUGCAAACUAGAGCUACCGUUUGGCAAGCGUUACAUGAAUUCUACGCCAUGAUUGUGUUCCGAAAGCUCAGAUUGUCUGCCUAUAUUCGACGACAACAAUCUGACGAGCGACUGGUGAAAUCGCUCAGGAACCAAUUUGGUAAUGACUCUGUCUUGGUGAUCGGUGAUUGGUCGGCCCCACAUCAACGUCAUCACGAACCGAUGCGAGGUGUUGGAAUGCGAAGAAUGCUUGUUCGUUUCGGUUGUCAGUUAUACCUUAUCGAUGAAUUCCGAACCAGCAAGGUUUGUCCAUCCUGCUCUCAACGUUCAUUGGAGCACUUCGGCCUUUUCCCUAACCCUCGUCCUUUCAGAACGGGACAAGUGCGUCGAUGGGGUUUGCUCAGAUGCACCUCCCAACAAUGUCUGGAUGCGAUGACAGCGGCAGGACAUGAAGGAAGUCAUCGCCAAUGGAAUCGGGAUCUCAUGGCAUGCCUAAAUAUGCGAACAAUCCUUCUUAGUCAUAGGGAAGGAAAUGAUAGACCAGAGCCUUUCGUUCGCCGGCAAAGGCCUGACCCUUUCCAGUGA